AUGAACUGUCCAUUCCUGUGUUACACUGAAACAUUAUACAUUGUUGUUGUGAUCAGCUGUGGUGGCUCACAUAACCUAACAGUGCCAGUGUCAACCAUGAUUCAAUCAGUGCUCGUCUUCAACAACUACGGUAAACCUAGACUGAUGAAAUUUUAUACUGACCAUUCGGAAGCAAGGCAACAACAAAUUUUAUCGGAUGUUUUCAAAGCGGUGUCACAAAAAAACAAUGAGAACUGCAAUUUCAUCGAGAAGUGUACAUUUCUCGGCGACGACUUCAAAAUAAUGUACAGACACUUCACGACUCUGUACUUCGUUUUCUGCUGCGACACCGCCGAAUCAGAAUUGGCCAUUCUGGAUUUGAUCCAAGUUUUUGUGGAAGCGUUAGACAAGUGCUUCAAGAACGUGUGCGAACUGGACCUCAUCUUUAACGUGGAUCGCGCGCACUAUGUUCUGAACGAAAUAGUGAUGGGGGGAGUGGUGCAAGAGACCAACAUCACGGAGAUACUCGCGAGGUUCGAGGAGCAGAAGCAGGCUGAGCUGCAGGAGACCAGGAUCACCCCGGUGAUCACGAUGCCUUCCAUCCCCGCCAGCCUGGUCAACCGCCUACCCAGCUUCAAGGAUUUCAAAAUGCCCGAAAUAGCGUACACGACUAAUCCAGCGGUAACGUACGAGUUUCAACCAUACAACUGAGUAUUUAACCUCUAAAAUCAGUGAUUACAUGGGCUUCUUAUGAAGUAAUACAUUGCUAAUUGUAUCAGGCAAAUAACAUUGAAACCCGAUGAAUCUUGAAGUCUAUCCUCUGAGAACAAUCUAUUGCCGAGUGGAUAAAAUUUGGAACUUUGAAUUCCGAUGAAUCUUGAAGCCUAUUCUCUAAGAACAAUAUAUUGCUGAGUGGAUGAAAUUUGGAACUUUGAACUCCGAUGAAUUUUGAAGUCUAUUCUCUGAGAACAAU